GCAACCCGAAUUCAACCGGGUUUAGAAACGUAGCAUCCAAACACGCUCAUAUAUUACCGGCUUAAGCGGUUAAAGAUUUUCAUACAGUCCCCUCCCUCCGCCUUUCCUCACCACCUUCCACCGUGCUCCGCCGUACACAAUCACCAGAAACCUAAAAUAAUAAUAAAAAAAUGGUGGUAGCUUCCGGUACCAACUCCUUCGCCAAGGAGAUGACUAUCCGUAAACGUAUCGGUAACAUAUAUAAUAAAAGAGUAGAGGAUUUUCCAUCAUUAAGAGAGUAUAAUGACUACUUAGAGGAAGUUGAGGACAUGAUUGUAAACUUGGUUGAUGGAAAAGAUGUCCUUGCGAUUGAAGCAGCGAUUGCGAGAUACCAAAGAGAAAAUGCAGAACAAAUAAUGAAUGCUCAAGCCCAUAAGGCUGAAGAGUAUGCAGCAGCACUGGCAGCAAGUAGGGGACAACGUGCAUCAUCUGAUGUCGAUAUGACCACUGGAACAAGCUCCCAAUUCGGGGUAUCAACGUCAGAGGGGCAUUACGUCCCUGCAGUUGCAGGAGGACCAAUUCCACAGCCUCGACCCACACAACCACUUCCAAUGGGAUCUGGGGAUGACCUACAUGCAUAUCAUAUGGAUGAUGAAGAUACGAUGAGACUAAAAGCAGAACUGGGCGGAAAGGCUGGAGGGUGGAGCUUAGAAAUAAGUAGAAAACGAGCUCUUGAGGAAGCAUUUGGGAGCAUCUGGAUCUAAACAUGCAUUAAUUCAGUGUACGCCUGUACGGAACUUAAUUCAAGAGUGUAAAGAACAAUUUAAUUUGACUGUGGUUCUUGACUUGUUGCUGGCUAAGCCCACCUGGUUCAAGUCCAUGGUCACAUACACUUAACCGGCUAAACCUCACCAAGUAUUGAAGAUUGCAUUUUGUUCUGAAUAUGUAUUAUGAUAUUGAUUAAUUUUGUAAUCUAAAUUUGUAGUUGAGAUGUUUUUGCAAAUGAAGAGUUAAUCUGGUUUUGGACAUGCA